AGGAUUUAUCUAUGGACAAGGAUUACAAAUCUAUGAUCGUCUAUCUAUGGUCUAUGACUGUCUUCACCUAUGGUCUUCACUUCACCGUAAAUUGAAUAUGUGGACUUGAUUUGAAAUGAAAUGGCAUUAUACGACAAUAAAUUGUGGUUACUAUCACACAUUCGAAAUUCGUUUAUUUCUACGGAUGAUACAGGAAUGUGUGAAACAGUUAUGGUUGGGGAAGAUUUACCUAAACAUUUGGCAGAUGAACUAGAUAUUUACAGAGAUCCAGACGAUAGUGAAGAAGAUGAAGAUGAUAUUAGGCAUGAAUCUUACGAUAUUCAGCUUGAUAUGGACUACGGUGUUCAUCGAGCUCGGUCAAAUACUGCUGCACGUUUGGAAAAAUUGGAUCAAGCCAAGAAAAGAAUGUCGAAAAUAAAGCAUAUAAAAUGGGAGGCACCUAAUCCACUCUCCCAAGAUGAUAUAAAACAUAUGUUUAUUAAGAAAGAGCCGAAAAAGGUUACAGUUACAAAGUCAUUACUUUCUGAGCAGCUUGAAAAAUGUGUCAAUGUGCCUCAAAAUCAGUAUAUGGAAUAUGAAAAGUUUGAUGGUAGUGCUCAGAUUGGUAUCCCAACCAGGAAGUAUAAAAUAUUCUUGACAAUGCUUCCAGAGGAGCAAAGGAAUUAUCCAAUGAUUAUUUUGUGUAUUGCUACUGCCACAAUACAAGAACUUAUUGGAUUAAUAUUACUUAAAUGCAGUAUGAGUCAUGGAGAUUUUCCUCUUGGUCCUGUUGAAACCUAUGGAUUGUAUUUAACAGAAGAAGAUGGAGAAGUUGAUCACGAUUUUCCUUGCUUGGAUCCAAAGGAAUGUGUUGCCAAGUACGGAUUUGAUUGCUUAGGUUUAGUUGAACAUAAACAAGGGCAGAAGAAUGUCUCCUUCGAAACAACUACACAAAUUUGCACUAGCGAAGAAUUUAAAAACAAAUUUUCAAAAGAUAAUGAUACUGCCAAUGAGACCAAGAAAAUAACAGAAGACUUACAGUUAAUGAAAGUACACAAAACCGCUAUGGAAGCCCCUCUCUAUAAGUCGUAUCGUGUACUUAUAGUGAAUAAAGUAAGAGCUAAAGCAGAAAUACAACUGGGAAUUAGCGGCGAAAAAAUAGAAAUUGACCCUGUACAACAAAAGAGUUCAAAAUUUACUUUUGUAAGACAAAAACCAGUCAGUCAUCACAUCGAUUCAAUAGUUUGGUGUGAGAUUACUGAUCUAAAGAGUAGUGCAAGUGCUUUUCGCAUUUAUUACACACCUUCCCAUGGUUCUAUGGAAAAUUCCGUGAAAGGCGAUUCUACUAGUCUUCAGUUAUCAGCUAGUUUUAAAUAUUACGAUUUUGAAUCAGAUCAUGGUACAACUGAAGAAAUUGUAGAAAAAAUAAAUCUUAUUCUAGAAUUACGUUCCAGUGCAAAUCGAAGAGAGUAUUUAGCUACAAAGGAAAAGAAGAUGCUUAAAAAGAAAAGUUCAGCUAUUAAUAGAUUGUGAUAUUUUCAUAAGACUUAUAAUAUUAACAACUUAUAUUUAUUAUAAAAAUA